AUGACAGAGGCUCGUGUUGACUUUAUUCUAACAAGAACAAAUAAGAUACCAAGUGCAACUGCAAGGAUAAAUGCACUGAUCAACUAUCUGUGGAAAAAGAAACAGGAAACGGAUAUCAGCGUAUUCUUAGAAGAGCAAAAGCUCAUUCAACUGCAGUUCUACAUCAAAGUUAAGCAGAGAAGUUCAAGGAGAAGAGUUGAGACUAAUGCAACUAGAAAAACACAUUUUUUUGCAGUUUUUUUUUCAAGCAGCUACUAUAUAAUAAACUCUCGACUUCCUUUCACAAAAUACAGCCAAUGUGCAUCUAAUUACUUGGGGCUUGUGCUGCAGUAUGGUAGCUACCGGACAAUCUUUGAAUGCAAACAAAUUAUAAGGACUUCGUCUUUAAUCACAAUUACUUGA